AUGACUUCCUCUUACGGAAACAACAUGUAUUCGCAGGACCAGUUUAUGAACCCCGGGCCCGCUCCCCGCCCCCCAGCCGAUCGCCCAAAGCUCAAUCUGCAAGCAAGCAACCCAAACGUGGCCACAUCAUUCAACCAAAUGUCCCUCAACUCGCCCAGUACGCCAGGGUCGGCGAAUCUGUCUCUGUUUCCCAAUACGAGCAGCCCUUCCCUCACGCAGACCAAGACCAACCAGUCGGGCCAAGGGGGCGUGGCUGUCAUCAAGGAGGGUUAUGUUCGUUCCAAAGAAGAUAAAUUCCUGGCCACCUGGAACCAGCGAUAUCUGAUUUUGCGCGAGUUCCGCCUGGACUUUAUGAAGAAUGAGACUGGCAAGGUUGUUCUUUCUAUUCCGCUCUCCACGGUUACAGGUGUCUCGCGCUCCGAGGAGGCGAGAAUGGCCUUUGAGAUCGUUCGCCUGGCUAACCCUAAAGAUGCCACUUCCAAAACGGCCAUGUUGACCCGCGACGUGCCGACUAAGAGCAUCACAUGCGAGGUCAAGAGUGACGAUGAGAUCUACGACUGGAUCGAUAAGAUCUAUGAGCGCUGCCCGGGCAUGGGAGGUGUCAGCAACCCCACCAAUUUCAGCCAUCGUGUCCACGUUGGUUUUGACCCUCAGACAGGCGCCUUUGUCGGUUUGCCACCCGAGUGGGAGAAACUUCUCACUGCGUCCGCGAUCACCAAGGAAGAUUAUAAGAAUAACCCGCAGGCGGUCAUCGAGGUUCUCGAAUUCUAUUCCGAUAUCAAGAUGCGUGAGCAGAACCCGCAAUAUUACUCCGGAUUGGCCGGUUCCUCACCAAAUGGUUCGCCAGCCAAACCAUACACUGGCAACUCGGUCGGCAGCUCGAUCGCUCCUCCGCGCCCCCCUCCCCCCGGCCCUGCACAGCGCUUGGACAGUGGUCAAUCUCCGACAAGCCGUUCGGCCACUUCAUCGCCUGGGCAGUCUCAGGGCAAGCCCGACUCGGACCGUGCAUAUGAACAACAGCAACAGCUUGAGCGUAUGAAGGAAAUGGCGGAUCAGGAACGUCGACGUGUGGAGGAGGAAACUCGCCGUGCUCGCCAGCGUGAAGAUGAGCAGAGCAGGGCCGAGCAAGACGCCUACAAUGCUUCCCUUCCCAAAACCCGUGUCCCCCUUGCCAAACAGGAGCUUGGAGGUUAUGGCAGUAGUGAUCCUUCGAUGAAUGAUCGUUACAAACCAAGUCGCCCUGCACCGCAAGCUCCUGGCUCUGCUCGCCAGCAGCCCCAAGAUCCGUCUCGACAGCUGACGGCCCAGCGCCCAGCACCUCCCGCGCCGAAUACCUCCAACUAUGGUCAGAAUGGCCAGGCUCGUGCCCCCGGAUCAUACAGUUCCAAUGAUCCUCGGGCCCAGGCCUCCCAGCGCACCCAGAACAAUGGCACUAAAGCCCAGGCUCAAGGCCCUCCUCCUACUAAGCUCCCGGCUCCUGUGCAGGCCGUGAAACCAUUGAACAUCGCAAACAAGCAGUCCGCAAACAAACCAGGCGUCUCCGAUGGUGUUCGCCAAGCGGAAGCUGCCUUGACCAAGAAGGCGGAGCCCAGACAGAAGGAAGUUCGCAUGUCGAAUAUGACUGAGAAUGAGGUCAUGGACAGACUUCGUUCCGUGGUUUCCAAAGACAAUCCCAACGAAUCUUAUAGCAAGCAACGGAAGAUCGGACAGGGAGCCUCUGGGUCCGUGUAUGUGGCGCGCGUCAAGGAACAUGCUAUCUCUCCCGUGGCACACGAGCUGUACCGACAGUAUGGUCCUCGGUGCCAGGUUGCCAUUAAGCAGAUGGAUCUGCGUAGCCAACCACGCAAGGAGUUGAUUGUCAAUGAAAUCAUUGUCAUGAAGGACAGCCAGCAUGCGAACAUUGUCAACUUCCUUGACUCAUUCCUGCAAGAGCAGAGCAACGAGCUCUGGGUGGUCAUGGAGUUCAUGGAGGGAGGUGCCCUGACUGACGUUAUUGACAACAACCCUGUUAUCCAGGAAGACCAAAUUGCUACCAUCUGUGCCGAGACAUGCAAAGGACUCGCACAUCUGCACAGCCAGAAUAUCAUUCAUCGUGACAUCAAGAGUGACAACGUUCUUCUUGACCGGGCCGGCCAUGUCAAGAUUACUGAUUUCGGAUUCUGUGCCAAACUUACCGAAUCGAAGAACAAGCGUGCCACAAUGGUCGGUACUCCCUACUGGAUGGCGCCGGAGGUUGUCAAGCAGAAGGAGUAUGGACCAAAGGUCGACUGCUGGUCGCUUGGAAUCAUGGCCAUUGAGAUGAUUGAAUCCGAGCCACCGUACUUGAACGAGGAGCCCCUGAAGGCAUUGUAUCUUAUCGCCACCAACGGCACGCCGCGUCUCAAGAAGCCCGAGAAGCUAAGCAAGGAGCUCAAGUCUUUCCUCAGCGUCUGUCUCUGCGUCGACGUUCGCAGCCGAGCCACCGCAGACGAGCUCUUGGUCCAUGACUUCCUCAAGAUGGGCUGUAGCCUGGCGAGCUUGGCUGAACUACUUCGCUGGAAGAAGAACAGCGGCCAGUAA